AUGGGAGAAGAAAUUCACGUUGCUCAAUCCGAAAAAGUCAACCACGAUGUAGACUUGAAUGAUGUGGCCAUAGCCAAGCAAGCUCAAGAUGCUCGUGCGAUUGAACACAAUCUGACUCUCAAAGAGGUCUUCCGUCAUUACCACCGUGCCAUUGGAUGGUCCUUUCUCUUCAGCUUAGGAGUUAUCAUGGCCGGUUUUGACCCUCAAUUGAUUGGCACGUUGAUAGCGAUCCCAAGAUUCCAGCACGACUUUGGCGUUGAGCUUGCUGAUGGAUCGUUUGUUGUUCAAGCAAAGUGGCAGUCAGCGUUCAAUCUUGGCGUCCCCGUUGGACAAGUGCUUGGGUCCUUCGGUGUUGGAUGGCCCUUGGAGAAAUUUGGGCGUCGAUGGACUCUUGCAGUUUGCUGCUGCAUUACCCUCAUUACCAUUGCACUACAAACUUCUGCUCAAAACAGACCUCAGAUUCUCAUUGCCGAGCUCAUCAACGGCGUGGUUCUCGGUGCCUACCCAGUCAUUGCGCCCACGUACAUCUCAGAAGUCACUCCUGUGGUGUUUCGCGGUAUUGCAGCAGCGUUUGUCAACUUGUCAUUUGUCAUUGGCCAACUUGUGGCCAGUGGUGUUUUAGCUGGCUGCCAAACCCGCGACGAUCGAUGGGCGUACGAUAUACCUUUUGCAACUCAGCUCAUCUUCCCCAUUAUCAUUCUGGCCCUGCUACCGUUUUGUCCGGAGAGCCCAUGGUGGUUGGUCCGUAGAGGCGAACUACAGAAAGCCGAGCGAUCACUCAAGCGUCUUACAAGCGAAUCCGUCGAUACGAGCAUAUUACUUGCACACAUACAGCUUACCACAUCUAUUGAAGAAGCAGAGACCGAUACUGCCCGCUUCAUUGACUGCUUCAAAAAGACGGAUCUUCGGCGAACAAUCAUCUGCAUCAUGGUUUAUGCCAUCCAGCCACUAGUUGCCAACUUUCUGGUCAUCGGAUACGCCGUUUACUUCUUCGAACUCGCGGGCCUCGCGGCCAAUGACUCUUUUGAUCUUGGCGUAGGGCUGCUUGGCGUUGGAUUUGUGGGCACAAUCCUUUCCUGGUUUCUCCUCAGUCGAUUUGGUCGCCGUACAAUCUAUAACCAAGGCUUUAGCAUUCUUGCUAUUAUCGUUCUUUUGGUGGGCGUCCUUGACGUUGUUCCUGGAUACGGCACAACGAACCAUAGUGUCGUCUGGGCCCAGUGUUCUAUGAUGGUCAUCUACAAUUUCUUUUACGACUUGACAAUCGGCCCACUCUGUUUCGUCUACUUGUCAGAGGUUUCGUCUGCGAAAUUGCGUGACAAAACCAUCGCUAUUGCAACUACAAUCAACGCGCUGAUUAAUGUUGCUUGUGCUGUGGGCAUUCCUUACGCCAUUAAUCCGGAUCAGGGCAACCUGCGUGGCAAACUUGCUUUUGUAUUCUUAGGCGCAUCGUUACCAUGCCUCGUCUGGUGCUUUCUCGCACUGCCUGAAACUAAAGGUCGGACGUUCGAGGAAUUGGACAUCAUGUUUCAGAGGAAAGUUCCAACUAGGAAAUUUGCCACUUACAAGUUCUCAGAGCAUAUGGAGGAGGAUUAG